CUUUCACCUCGUUGGUUUUUAUUCACAGGCGUCUACUGGUUUCACGAGCAAACGCAUUACGUACCCGCGCCACUCUGCCUCUCGUUAGAUCUCCAUCAUUUUUUCUCCCAGAAACCCCCGAGUCUCAGUCAGUCUCCCCCCGCCAAAAAAAAAUGCAAGAAAAGAAACCGGAGACGGCCACCAAAAACCCUAAGAAGGCCAAUCUCUUAGACCACCACUCCAUCAAGCACAUCCUCGACGAGUCCGUAUCCGAGAUAGUGACGAGUCGUGGAUAUGUGGAAGACGUAAGGAUGAGUAAUAUAAGAUUGGUGAUGGGAACGAUCAUAAUCAUCAUUGCUCUGUUGGCGCAGUUUUAUAAGAAGAAGUUCCCCGAGAACAGGAAUUUUCUCAUCGGCUGUAUCGUAUUGUAUAUAGUCUUCAAUGGAUUACUGCAGCUGAUCAUAUACACAAAAGAGAAGAAUGCAAUUCUUUUUACCUAUCCUCCUUCGGGAUCCUUCACCAGCACUGGCUUGGUGGUGUCUUCCAAAUUGCCAAGAUUUUCUGAUAUGUACACGCUUAGCAUUGCAAGUGCAGAUCCUAAAUCAAUUUCUGCCAAUCAAUCAGUGCAAUUUACCAAAAGUGUUACCCAAUGGUUUACUAAGGAUGGAGUUUUGGUGGAGGGCCUAUUCUGGAAAGAUGUUGAAGCAUUAGUAGAGGAAUAUGCAAGAGAACCAAAGAAGAGCAAGUGAUUUGAAAGUUAAACAGCUUGUGUUGUCUGAUGGGGUCACCGGUUCAGAACUCUAGUUAUAUUUUGACGUGACUAUAGUUGUUGGACAUUAACAUCGUUUUUUAUCUUUUUGCAUUGAUGGACAGAGCCAAACAAAUGGAACCAAAAUCCUCCCAGCUUUACAAAAACAGUUACUUUAUUAUGGUCAAAUGUGUUUAAGCUAAUGGAAUCAAUGAUAUUCGGAUCCAUGAAUUAGAUGGUUUUCAUUAUUUAG